GUAUUAGAGUUUGCAUUAUGAGUCAAAGAGAAAUAGUUUGUUACUUUAUUUUACAUCGUUUUUAUAGCCAACUUGAAUUAUUAAUUACGAAUUCAAAUCAAUUCUUGAAUUGGAAUUAUGUUAUCCAACGUACUGUACACACUGUUCGUAUCGCUGGUUAUUGCUAAAGACAAUGAAAUAAUUUUUCAAAUAAAACCUGAAACUUUAAUCAACACCUUUAAGUCGUUGAAAACCUCAGGAUAUUUUCAAAAACUAGCUGAUGAAUUUGCGCUUAAAACAGCGGAACAGUUCAUUAAACAACUCAAAAAUCAGCAAAAGAGCCAAAAGAGUUUUACAAGCACACGAGAACAAUUGGAUGAAUUGCCCAAACCUCUUCAAAGUUCAACUUCAAACAGACUUCGUAAAGCGUCAAUAGGUCAAGCGAAGCCGCAGCCAGUAAUUUUGGACGGCAAAGUGUCUCACGACGACGAUGUUCAACGGAGAAUUAAAAGCACAUCAAAACAAAAAGCCAGCGAUAGAGUUUCUUCUGAAGAAAGAAGAAGUGAACAGGUAAUGUUGACUCUUAUGGAAACGCCUCCACCGGAUGGAGAUAACUUGGAAAAUGAAUCAGUCCUCACAGAAGUGGAAGAAAAGAAGACCGAAAAUCCUUUGAAUUUCUAUAAAAUUAAUGGCAAGCAUUUUAGAAGAUAUGAUUUCUUCUGGAAAUAAAAAAUCUAUAUUAAAAAAACUUAUUAUUAUUGAUAUAUUACCAUUAGAACGGGAUCGUUUGAUUAUUCAUAUUCAAAUUUAGAUAAGACGGAAACAAGCUAACACUUGCUGCAACUUACAAAAAUUAAAUAGAACAAAAAUCAUGUAAUAAGAUAGACCCACAACGCUUGUUAAGUUACGUAACCAGCCUAGCUUUAUCGAAGUAGUUCAUCCUCCUAUGUUUGGUCCACAGGGUCUGAAUGCGCCCACUUUCGACACAUGCACAUCGCCUCAUUAACUUUUAUAGACUGCCAAUGCAGGCGGGCGCGCGUCGUCGCAUCUCGAUCUCUUACACGGGCAAGAGAAAAAUUGUUGUAAAUUGCUAUUUAUUGGUAAUUCGCAAGAACUAUGAUAUUCAAAAUAUUUAUAAUACCUAUUUAAGUGGUCUGUUAAGUAGAAAAAUGUUUGUCGUCAGAAUAUUUACAAUUUUUGUCACAAUGACAAGUCCCGAGCAAAUAUUAAGCGGGGAAAGAAGCUUUCAAUUGUUCGAGAACAUCAUAUUAUGUCCACAAAAGUAGACCCAACUUUAUUAUUUACCGAUUUUAAGCA